AUGGAGUGUAGAGAAAGAUUGAGGCAACAGGUUAUUCCAUUGUUCUAUAAUGUUGAUGCUUCAGAUGUCCGGAAACAAACUGGUAGUUUUGCACAAGCAUUUGAGAAACAUGAAGCGGGCAUCUGCGAAGGUAAACAUGAGAAAGAAAAGGUACAGCGGUGGAGGAAUGCUCUCACUCAAGCUGCAGAUUUGUGUGGGGAAGAUCUUAAAAAUGCUGAUAAUGGGCAUGAAGCAAAGUUUAUCCAGAAAAUUAUUGGGGAGGUUAAUAAGCAGUUGUACAGCAAAUACCAAUUAGACAUCGAACACCUUGUUGGAAUUACUUCUCGGCUGAACGAUGUUGUUCGCAUGAUUGAUAUUGAAGAUUCAGGCUCUAAGGAUGUUGUUCGCAUGAUUGGUAUUUUGGGGAUGGGCGGCAUUGGGAAAACAACGCUUGCCAAAACCAUUUAUAACAAAUUUGAACGCAUCUUUGAAGGUAGGAGUUUCCUUGCAAACGUGAGGGAAGUAUUUGCAAACCAACGCAGUAAUGGUCUGGUUGGUUUGCAAGAACAACUUCUAAAUGAUAUCUUGAAAAGCAAGGACCCCAUAAAGGUUGGCUCUGUUGCUAAAGGGAUCGAUAUGAUAAGAGCAAGACUGCGCUGUAUAAGAGCACUUGUCAUAAUUGACGAUGCAGAUGAUCUACAGCAACUAAAAGCAAUAGCCAGAGCUCGUGAUUGGUUUGGUCCUGGAAGUAGAAUUGUUAUAACAACAAGAAAUCAACAUUUGCUAGACCAAGUUGGAGUGGAUAGCACAUAUAUGGCUCAAGCAAUGGAUGAAAAAGAAGCUCUAGAGCUCUUUAGUAGGCAUGCCUUCGAAAGUGGUUAUCCUAAUCAAGAAUAUAUUGACCUCUCAAAACGUGUAAUUCAUUAUUGUCGAGGCUUGCCACUAGCACUUGAAGUUGUAGGGUCUUUUCUGAUUAAAAGAUCCACAGUGGAGUGGAAAAAUCACUUGGAGAAAUUGAAAAGAAGUCCUGAUGGAGAAAUUCAAAAAAUACUCAGAAUAAGCUUUGACAGGCUACCUGAUGAUACAACGAGAAAGAUAUUCCUUGAUAUAUCUUGUUUCUUUAUUGAAAAGGACAAGGACUAUGUCACACAAAUAUUAGAUGGAUGUGGCUUUUUUGCAACAAUUGGAAUCAGUGUCCUCAUUGAACGGUGCCUUGUAACUGUUAGUGAGUAUAACAAGCUGAGGAUGCAUGAUUUGCUUCGAGACAUGGGAAGAGAGAUCGUUUGUGAAAGUGCCCACGGUGACCCAGAAAAACUUAGUAGAUUGUGGAAACGUGAAGACGUAACAAAUGUAUUGUGCGAUGAAUCUGGAACUGAAAAAAUUGAAGGAGUUGCUCUACAUUUGGAUUUGGAUGUAGAUUCGGAUCUAGAUUCAGAUGUAGAUUGGGUUCUAGAUUCAGAUCUAGAUUUGAACAGAUUCAGUGCACAAGCAUUUACCAACAUGAAAAAACUGAGGUUACUCCACCUCAGCAACGUAGAGUACAAAGAUUUUCCCAAAAAGUUAAUAUGGUUUAGCUGGCAUUAUUUUCCUUUAGAGUCCAUACCAGAUGACUUUCCUAUGCAACCAAAACUAGUUGCUUUAGACCUGCAGUAUAGCAAACUCAAAAUAGUUUGGAAGGAUUGCAAGUUGCAUCAGAAUUUGAAAAUCCUUAAUCUCAGAGGUUCCUGUCAGCUAACAAAAUCACCAGACUUUUCAAAACUCCCAAAUCUCGAGGAAUUGAUAUUGGAAUACUGUGAGAGUUUGUCUGAGGUUCACUCAUCCAUCGGGGAUCUAGGAAGACUUUCUUUGGUAAAUCUUGAAGGCUGCAUGAGGCUAAGGGAUCUCCCACUGAAUUUCUAUAAAUCCAAGUCUAUUGAAACUCUUCUACUUAAUCGUUGUUCACGUUUUGAAAAGUUGGCUGAGGGCUUAGGGGAAAUGGUAUCAUUGACAACUCUGAAAGCAGAUUACACAGCCAUCAGACAAAUACCAUCUUCCAUAUUAAAAUUGAAGAAACUGAAAGUUUUAUCUAUAUGUAAAGUGAAAGGGUCGCCAUCAACAAAUCUUUUGCCUCCUUCGUUGCAAAGUUUAAGCUCUUUAAGACAAUUAGCUCUUGCAGACUGUAGUUUAACUGAUGAUGCAUUCCCCAAGGAUAUCGGUGGCCUAAUUUCCUUAGAAAGAUUAGAUCUUGCAAGCAAUGACUUUUGUAGCCUCCCAAGCCUCAGUCGUCUUUCACAGCUUCAAGAUUUGUCUUUAUAUGAGUGCAAAAAUCUUCGUGCGAUCCCAGAUUUACCAACAAAUUUGAAAGUCUUACGAGCAGAUGGCUGCAUUGCAUUGGAAAAAAUGCCAGAUUUUUCAGAAAUGGCAAAUAUAAGAGAAUUGUAUCUAUGUGAUUCGGGCAAACUCACUGAGAUUCCAGGCCUGUAUAAGUCAUUAAACUCCAUGACAAGGAUUCAUAUGGAAAAGUGCACUAAUCUUACUGCCGAUUUCAGGAAGAACAUCCUACAGGGAUGGACUUCUUGCGGAUAUGGUGGCAUUUUUCUCAGUGGAAAUGACAUUCCUGAUUGGUUCCACUAUGUCCAUGACUAUGAUAUUGUGUAUUUCACUGUGCCUCAAAGUGUUGGUCCUAUUUUGAAAGGGUUAACUUUGUCCUUGGUUCUCUCUUCAGGCUUCUACGGUUGUCGUAUUAGCAUUAAAAACAUGACCAAGGGUACUGAGCUUGACGCCAGGAUCAUACCCGAUUGUCGAACUAGGGGUUAUUAUCUUUGGCAGGGACAGUUAUCAAAUGACGAGCUCAAAUUGCAAGACGGUGAUAAAGUCUGGAUUGAAAUAAUAAACAAAUAUGAUUGGCCUAAGGAUGAGGUGAUGAAAACAGGUGUUAGUCUGGUAUGGGACAAAAUUAUGAACGAAAAUAUGAUUGAUUACUAUCUUUGUGCGUAUGAACGACGCCCAUCUCAAAAUCUGGUCAAUGAUGAUGACAUCAUUCAUGUCGAAUGUGAUAAUCACAUAACAAAAUCACCAGACUUUUCAUAUUUCCCAAAUCUUGAGAAGUUGAUAUUGAAAGGUUGUAAGCGCUUGUAUAAGGUUCACUCAUCCAUUGGGGAUCUUGGAAGACUUUCUUUGGUAAAUCUUGAAGGCUGCAUAAGUCUAAGGGAUCUCCCACUGAAUUUCUAUAAAUCCAAGUCUAUUGAAACUCUUCUACUUAAUAAAUCAAGUUUUGAAGACUUGGCUGAUGGCUUAGGGGACAUGGUAUCAUUGACAAUUUUGGAAGCAGAUGAGACGCGCAUCAGACAAAUUCCAUCUUCCAUAGUAAAAUUGAAGAAGUUGAGAAUUUUAUCUCUAUCUGGCUGUAGGUUAACUGAGGAUGCAAUCCCUAAGGAUCUAUGUAGCCUAAUUUCCUUAGAAGAUCUGCUUCUUCGAGACAAUGACUUUAGUAGGCUACCAAGUCUCGCUGGUCUUUCAAAGCUCAAAGUCUUGUGUGUAAAUGCAUGCAGAAAACUUCUUGCAAUCCCAGAUUUACCAACCAAUUUGUAUGUUCUGAAAGCAAAUGACUGCCCAGAAUUGGAAACAAUUCCAGAUUUUUCAAAAAUGUGGAAUAUGAGAGAAUUGUAUCUAAGUGAAUCGUUCAAAGUCACUGAGGUUCCAGGCUUGGAUAAGUCAUUAAACUCCAUGACAAGGAUUCAUAUGGAAGGCUGCACCAAUCUGACUGCCGAUUUUAGGAACAACAUCCUACAGAGAUGGACUUCUUGCGGAUUUGGUGGAAUUUAUUUGAAUGGAAUUUAUGAUAUUCCUGAGUGGUUCAAAAUCGUCAAUGAUGUGGGCAAUAUCGUCUUCUUUGAAGUUCCUCAAAAAAUCAUGGGUCGUGAUUUAAAAGGUUUAACUAUAUGCUUCGUUUACUCUUCAGACAAACAUUAUCAAGGUCCUAUUGCCAUUAUCGUUAGAAAUCUUAACAAACAAACUGCUUUGCACACCUGGAUAUCAUUUGCCUCGGUAAAAACUUACGAUACAUCUGAAGACGAUUAUCUUUGGCGGGGACAAUUGUCAAACGAUGUGCUCCGUUUGCAAGGCGGGGACCGAGUCUCCAUUCUUGUAAGGCCUGAUGAUGUUUUUGUGAGAGUGAAGAAGACGGGGGUUCAUCUAGAAUGGGACAAAGUCAUGAAGGAAAAUAUGGAUAAUCCGGAUCCUCAUUUAUAUGAUUUGGAAACAAAUCGGGAUUUUUUCAGGGGAGUUGAUGACUCGUUGGAUCCUCAUUUGUAUGAUUUGGAAACAAAUCGGGAUGUUUUGGCGGUGGAACCAUAUCUUGAUUUUUUGGGGGGAACUGAUGAUGAGGCAAGACCAAGCCAUGACGCAUCUGUUCCCGGUGAUCAACUGAGUGCUAUAGAUGAAGAAUCAGCAGUGGAAGACGAUCUACGUACUCGUUUGUCAUUGUCUAUAAUGGAAUAUUUGGAUUUUUCUGGAGAAGCUGAUGAUGGGGCAAGACGGAGCCAUGGCGCAUUUGUCUGCACUAAUCAAUCGAGUGCUGUAGAUAAACAAUUAGAAUGGGACAAAGUCAUGAAUCCGGAUCCUCAUUUGUAUGAUUUGGAAACAAAUCGGGAUUUUUGA